CAGCAAUGACAGGUGCCAUGGGAACAAGAUCCAACAGGUACAGCAUCGUGUCAGACGUCAUACCAGAGGAGGAGCUGCAGAAGAUUUCUAGUUUAGCCCUCAACAACGGUAACAGUUCUACCAAAGUCAAGAAGCAGAUAGACACAGAAAGAGAGGACAGCAGAAGGAGGCCUGGAGCCACUGCUGUUGUGCCUGGCAAAAGUGGACAGAGAGGUAUGAACAGCUACAACGGGAAGGCCCUGACAAGGGGCUCCAAUCAAGUCCGAAGCCGUUUUGUGAAGAAGAACGGACAAUGCAAUGUAGUAUUCACAAACAUGGAGGACCGGAGUCAGCGCUACCUCGCAGACAUCUUCACCACCUGCGUGGACAGCAGUUGGCGAUAUCUACUACUUCUGUUCUGCACAAGCUUUCUCAUCUCAUGGCUGAUAUUUGGGUUAAUCUUUUACAGUGUCGCAUUUGCACAUGGAGACUUCGAGGAACCCCCUAAACAGAAAGCUAACGAGGUGGUGGCAGGGAUGCAUGAAGCCUCCUCUGGGCUGUCAGCUGGGGGGCAGAAACAAAAGAUGCCCUGCAUACUGCAUGUCCAGGGCUUUGUUGGGGCGCUCCUCUUCUCUAUGGAGACCCAGACUACUAUUGGCUACGGCUGGCGCUGUGUUACUGAGGAGUGUCCUCUGGCUGUGUUGACAGUGGUCAUUCAGUCCAUUGUUGGUUGCAUCAUUGACUCCUUCAUGAUUGGAACCAUCAUGGCUAAGAUGGCGCGGCCAAAGAAGAGGAAUCAGACCCUCAUUUUCUCGAAAAAUGCUGUCAUUUCUUUGCGUGACGGCAAACUGUGCCUCAUGUGGAGGGUGGGCAACCUGCGGAGGAGCCAUAUUGUAGAAGCCCAUGUCCGUGCACAGCUCAUACGAUCAUAUGUCACAGCUGAAGGAGAGUUCAUCCCUCUGGAACAAAUGGACCUAAAUGUGGGCUACGAUGAAGGUACAGACCGAUUGUUUUUAGUGUCGCCACUGGUUAUAAUUCAUGAGAUAGACAAAGAUAGCCCUUUGUACAAUUUAAGUCGAGCAGAUCUGGAAGCAGAUGACUUUGAGGUUGUUGUCAUCUUGGAGGGGAUGGUGGAGGCCACAGCCAUGACUACACAGUUCCGUAGCUCCUACCUUUCCAGGGAAAUCUUCUGGGGUCACAGGUUUGAGCCAGUGAUCUACGAGGAUCGGGACCGCUACAAGGUGGACUAUGCCCACUUCCACAAUACCUACGAGGUCCCAUCAACACCCCAUCUCAGCGCGAAAGAGCUCGACGAAGCUGCGAGCCGAGCAUCCUCUGCUGCAUCUCCUGCAUCAGCCCAUAGAUCUACACAAGACUUGAUCCCAAGGUCUCUGACCGCCUUCUGUUAUGAGAAUGAAGUAGCACUGAGCUGUGCAGAGGAUGAGGAGGAAGACAUAUUUGACUCUACACAGAUGGUAGGGAAGGACAGGGCAGAGGAGAGGAGGACUUCUGUUGACUUUCAAAGUAUGUUUCAUGACACAGCAACCAUAACCUCAGGCAGUCACAAUGUUAUGUGUGUUCUGGACAUGGACAAUAACCAAAUGGAGUUUGACAUCCUACAGACUGCAAUUCCCCUUGAUCCAGUCACCUAUAAGAGUGACCAAGAAGCCUAA